UAGAGUCAGACACAGCACAGAGGGGGCCGUUUUUCCACAGCCCUAAAGUUGCUCACAGUUCGCUAACUCCAGUUUAUAGACCAAUGCUCGAAAUAUCGAAGGGGCAGUAGAAGAUCAGAGAGCUGUCGAAACAAUCGCACGAGGCGUGAUGAUCUCUUAAUCUAACGAACCAUUUUCUUAAUUCCUUCAUGUCACUGUAGACCCGUUAUUUCUUGAGAAAGAACACCGAUACCACAACGUGCUAUAUCUUACCUGUUGGUUUGAAGCACGAGAACGUCGUAUUUUAUUCAGUCUGCCAGGGUUAUAUUUUACAUUUCGAGAGAUCACUUUGGAAAAUGAACUCAUAUUUCGACCGAUUUUUAUUACAAACUGUCGGGUGGCCUUCCGGACGGAGCGGAGACUCCAGUUGAGCUUUGCAGCGCUGUCAUGCUGCCCAAAGUCGAGACGGAAUCUCUGGGACUCGCUCGAUCGCAUGGGGAACAGGGGCACAUGCCAGGAAACAUGCAAGCCCCACAGUUUAAAAUGAUGGACUACUCUUACGAUGAAGACCUGGAUGAGAUGUGUCCUGUGUGCGGAGACAAGGUUUCUGGAUACCACUAUGGGCUGCUGACCUGUGAGAGCUGCAAGGGCUUCUUCAAGCGCACAGUUCAGAACAAUAAGAGGUACACAUGUAUAGAGAACCAGAGCUGUCAAAUCGACAAAACACAAAGGAAGCGCUGUCCCUACUGCCGCUUUCAGAAGUGUCUCACAGUUGGCAUGAAACUGGAAGCUGUGAGGGCGGACCGCAUGCGGGGAGGCCGCAACAAGUUCGGCCCGAUGUACAAGCGGGACCGCGCUCUGAAACAGCAGAAGAAGGCCCUCAUCCGAGCGAACGGACUCAAGAUCGAAGCCAUGACUCAGGUGAUGCAGACGGUGCCCACGGACCUGACGAUAUCCUCGGCCAUCCAGAACAUCCACUCUGCCUCCAAGGGCCUACCUCUAAGCCACGCUGCCUUGCCCCCCACAGACUAUGACCGCAGCCCCUUCGUCACCUCCCCCAUCAGCAUGACCAUGCCCCCGCACGGGGGUCUGCAGGGCUACCAGGCCUACAGCCACUUCCAGAGCCGCACCAUCAAGUCCGAGUACCCGGACCCCUACACCAGCUCCCCCGAGUCCCUCAUGGGCUACCCCUACAUGGACUCGUACCAGACCAGCUCCCCACACAGCUUCCCCCACCUCAUCGUGGAACUGUUGAAGUGCGAGCCUGACGAGCCCCAGGUGCAGGCCAAGAUCCUGGCCUACCUGCAGCAGGAGCAGGCCAGCAGGGGCAAGCACGAGAAACUCAACACCUUUGGUCUUAUGUGCAAAAUGGCCGACCAGACCUUGUUUUCCAUUGUCGAGUGGGCAAGGAGCAGCAUAUUCUUCAGAGAGCUUAAGGUUGAUGACCAAAUGAAGCUCCUUCAGAACUGCUGGAGCGAACUCUUAAUUCUUGAUCACAUUUUCCGACAAGUGGUGCACGCAAAAGAAGGCUCCAUCCUUCUCGUUACUGGCCAGCAGGUGGAUUACGCUGUAAUUGCCUCCCAAGCCGGAGCCACUCUGAACAACCUCAUGAGCCACGCACAGGAACUGGUGGGGAAGCUGCGUUCCUUGCAGUUCGACCAGAGGGAGUUUGUCUGCCUCAAGUUCCUGGUUCUCUUCAGCCUGGACGUGAAGAACCUGGAGAACUUCCACCUGGUGGAGAGUGUCCAGGAGCAGGUCAACGCCACACUGCUGGACUACACCAUGUGCAACUACCCCCAGCAGACAGACAAGUUUGGCCAGCUCCUGCUGAGGCUCCCGGAGAUCCGAGCCAUCAGCAUGCAGGCGGAGGAGUACCUCUACUACAAGCACCUGAACGGGGACGUGCCCUGCAACAACCUCCUCAUCGAGAUGCUGCACGCCAAACGAGCCUGAGACAGAGAGCGGCCCCCUCAGAGUGCCCCCCCCCCCUUACACACACACACGCGCGCGCACACACACACACACACACUCACACACACACACACACCUCCCACCUCUCCUUCCUUCUGUCCCCAGGACGUCUCUCACCAUCCCAUGCGAAUAGCUUACGUUGUCGAGACGCAACAGACAUUUGAUUCUAGAGACCUGGACAUCCUCACGAUUGUGCUGACCAGGAGUCAAUGGUGGAUCAAUCAGAAAGAAGCAUUCAGUGACAUUUGUGGGCAGUAAUGUCAAACUGACAUGAAAGAGACUUCUUUUUGGUAAUAAAAAAAAAAAAAAAAAAAAAGGUUGUCAUAGUGAUGUAACAAGACUUGCAGACUGUAAUCAACCAAAACGAGAACAAACAAGGAGAGCUUUGCACUUACUACAGAACAGCAUUGCGCAAAGAAGGGGACGCCCCUCGUGCUCCUUUUUGAACCUUGAAAGAUGCAGGUUGGGGUGGGCUUUUUAUUGACUUGAUGGCAAUUGUCAGUGUUGGUACAGUGUCUUUCUGAUAGAAGCUCUGAAGGCUGUUGACACAAAAGGCUCUUUUCAAUUGUUGGGUCUCGAGGCAUACAAACGACAGUGAAGAUGGACUGGGUUUGGUAUGGUGUUAUACCUUUAUUUGUGCCCAAACAGAGUAGCCUCUCACCAAAAACUAAACAAAACAAGUAAACCAACAAACUAUUACUAUAAAAGGCAGUAAUUUCAUCCUCGUUGUCAUUCUGAGGUUCCAGUUUAUAAGGCAACCGUUCACAGUCUACUUCAGCCGAUACUGAAGUUUUUACCCAAAGUAAGUUACGUUGUUUUUUGUGUGCGUUUAUAUUUUAAAGCAUGUGGUUUAAAGGAUCACCCAUCAAUCUUCAAAAAUAAGAUUUAUUAGUUACAAAUUUUUCCUGUUAUGGAAAAAAAGACGUGGAACAAAGUAAGAUCCCAGGAGAUAGGAAGGAGAAAUUCUGCCUCUGUCAAUACUAGACCAAAGCCUGCUGCAGAACAAAGUGUGGUGAUAAAAAAAAAACUUAAAUAUCAGUAUUAUGAAUUUGUGAUGUCACAGUUAUGUGAGUCUUGCCUUAUUUCAUUACCAUGCUAGCUAACCGUGCAGAUGUGAAUUAAAAUAUGUAAAAAAAUAUAUAUAAAGUAUUAAUGUUGUAAAAUUAAAA